AUGAUAUUACCUCAAACAGGUACGUUUACCACUGAGUCGUUAAGUACAAGUAAACCUCCGACAUUAUCGACGGCAUUUGGUGUUCAUUGGCUUGAUUGGUCGGACUGGAAAUGUAAAACUGUCAAUCAUAUAUGUUUGAUGUCUCGCACACGUAAUUGCUCCACACAUACAGUAGAUGACUGUGAAAUUAAACUUGGUGGAGUAUACUUCAAUACAGAACUAUGCAGGGCAGAAAUAUGUACAGGUCCGUCCCCGAUGUUCUCGUCUUCAACCGCCAGGCAAUUAUCUUCGACUCCGUCUGUUUAUUUGAUAUCUCAGACAGGCUAUCAAACAAGCGCAGUAUUAAAUACAAUAAAAACAUCAGUGGCGCCAACCACUCCUUACACUUAUUGGCUUGAGUGGGCGGGAUGGGAGUGCAAAAAUGUCACCAUCUGUAUGAUGUCUCGCUCACGAAAUUGCUCCACAUAUAAUCCCGAUGAUUGUGAGAAGACACUUGGAGAGGGGCACUUUCACGUGGAACCUUGUAGGAAAGAAAUAUGUCCAGUUAGUUGGUCAGACUGGAGUACAUGGUCAUGCAAGAUUGAGAAAGAUGGGACAUGCAACAUGACACGGUCCCGUAAAUGCUCGACUGGUCCUGAUGCAGACUGUGGAUUCAGCUCUCUUGAACACCAGCCGUGUGAUGACGUCACGUGUCCCGAGCUGAAAAAACUUGGAAACCUUGGUUAUUGCAAGGAUUUCGUAUAUUCCAGUUGUUUAGACGCCGAAUCGUGUAAAAAUCCAAGCAUACUACUUAUGUGCUUAGCAGAUGCCCACGUUGCCAGCAAGAUUUGUCCAAAAGCAUGUGGCUGCUGUCAUGUUGAUCCACAAUGGACAUCCUGGAGUGAUUGGAGGUGUGAAAGAACUCAUAGUAUGUGUAGAAUGAAGCAGAUAAGAACAUGUUCUACUGGGAAUACAACUGAUUGUAAAGGUGUUUCCGAAAGAGAGGCUGUUUGCGAUGAAAGUAUUUGCCCAGAACCUAACUGGGAAUCUUGGAGUGCAUGGAAAUGUCAGUUAAGACCAAAUGAUACGUGCAGAAUGAGUCGCAGUAGAAUCUGCUCUACAGGAACACUUUGCAUUGGACAGUCACAUGAAGAAGAUGAUUGCUCGAGUACAGAAUGUCCAGACUUCGUUGGAUUUAAAGUGGACUGUAGUUUACACAAUACUAAAUCUGACGCAUGCGUAGAUGGAGUAGGCUGUCACUUCUUUAAAAACACCCCGAAAACAUUAUGUGUUUAUGAUGCAGAGGCAUGUCCUGUAACAUGUGGCUGUUGUAUUCCUCAGAGUCCGUCGACUGUAAAAAUGACAACAACAGCAACAAUCGCAAUCACACCAACAGCAACCAUAACCAGAGCAGCAAUAGCCUCAACCACAGCACCAACAACCACAACAACAGCCUCAACCACAGCAUCAACAACCACAACAACAGCCUCAACCACAGCAGCAACAACCACAACAACAGCCUCAACCACAGAAUCAUCAACCUCAACCACAGCACCAACAACCACAACAACAGCCUCAACCACAGCAUCAACAACCACAACAACAGCCUCAACUACAGCACCAACAACCACAACAACAGCCUUAACCACAGCAUCAACAACAAAAGCAUCCACAUCAGGAACAACCCUAACCACAGCGGCAGCAACAACGUUAAUCACAGCGGAAACAACAACAGCAACAACAACACAAACGCUGCCAUAUACGUCCCGACCAGUACCAGUUACUUGUAAUGUAUGUUCUGGUCCCGAGUUCUUGUGUGAAAAAUUGUUUGCACCACAAACGUGUAACCCUCCUAACAAUUACUGCAUUAACAAACUUACUAACCAUAGAGAUGGAACACGGAUGGUAACAAGACACUGCGGCAACUUUGACACCUGCUAUCGGGAUUGGUUCUUAGGAAGCUCUGACAGCGACAGAUGCCGUAACUUUGAGGACAACAACAUUAUUACCCUUGACUUUGAUUGUACAUAUUGCUGCACUACAGACAACUGCAAUAAACCGAUUAAACCGUUGGACAAAGACCUAUAUAAGGUUCCUCAGAGUCCCCCAACAGUAAAGAUGACAUCAACAGCAACAACCUCAAUCAAAGCAACAACAAACGGAACCACAGCGGCAACAACCGAAACCACAACAGCAGCAUCAAUCCCAAAUACAGCAACAACAACAACUCAAAAACUGCCACAUACAGCUCCGCCAGUAGCAGUUACUUGUAAUGUUUGUGCUGGUCCCGAGUUCCUGUGUGAAAAAUUGUUUGCACCACAAACGUGUAAUCCACCUAACAAUUACUGCAUUAACACACUUCAUAACGAAAAAGAUGGAUCACGGAUUGUAACAAGACACUGCGGCAACUUUGACACCUGCUACCGUGAGUGGUUCUUAGGAAGCUCUGACAGCGACAAAUGCCGUAAUUUUGAUGACAACAGCAUGAUUCCCUUGGACUUUGAUUGUACAUUUUGCUGCACUACAGACAACUGCAAUAAACCGAUUAAACCGUUGGACAAAGACCUAUACAAGGUUGAUCCGAGUCCCUCAACAGUAAAAAUGACAUCAACAGCAACAACCUCAAUCAAAGCAGCAACAACCGAAACCACAACAGCAGCAUCAAUCCCAAAAACAGCAACAACAACAACUCAAAAACUGCCACAUACAGCUCCGCCAGUAGCAGUUAUUUGUAAUGUUUGUGCUGGUCCCGAGUUCCUGUGUGACAAAUUGUUUGCACCACAAACGUGUAGCCCUCCUAACAAUUACUGCAUUAACAAACUUACUAACCAUAGAGAUGGAACACGAAUGGUAACAAGACACUGCGGCAACUUUGACACCUGCUAUCGAGAUUGGUUCGAAGGAAGCUCUGACAGCGACAAAUGCCGUAAUUUUAAUGACAACAACAUCAUUACCUUGGACUUUGAUUGUACAUUUUGCUGCACUACAGACAACUGCAAUAAACCGAUUAAACCGUUGGACAAAGACCUAUACAAGGAUGCCCCAGCAGUAACAAUGACAUCAACAGCAACAACCUCAAUCAAAGCAGCAACAACCGAAACCACAACAGCAACAACAACAUCAACCAUAGCGGCAACAACCGAAACCACAACAGCAGCAUCAAUCCCAAAUACAGCAACAACAACAACAACUAAAAAACUGCCACAUACAGCUCCGCCAGUAGCAGUUACUUGUAAUGUUUGUGCUGGUCCCGAUUUCCUGUGUGAAAAUUUGUUUGCACCACAAACGUGUAACCCUCCUAACAAUUACUGCAUUAACAAACUUACCAACCAUAUAGAUGGAUCACGAAUGGUAACAAGACACUGCGGCAACUUUGACACCUGCUAUCGGGAUUGGUUCUUAGGAAGCUCUGACCGCAACAAAUGCCGUAACUUUUGGGAGAGCGACAUUAUCACCUUGGACUAUGAUUGUACAUAUUGCUGUACUUCAGACAACUGCAAUAUACCGAUCAGACCGUUAGACAAAGACCUAUACAUGGAUAUAUAAUAAAUAUACAAAGAUGUACCGAUUAAUUAUUGUUUUGUUAUA